CUUACGCCAUUCCUAAUCUCCUCCAUUUCCAAGAAACUAAUCUCUAAAAAAAAAUCAUAAUUAGUCACUGUUCUGUUCUAUCAUCAAAGUAUGUCAAUCUUAGGAAGCAGAAGCAACAACAGUGCAAACAUGGGUACACCACUUUUCCAUGAAUUCAAGAAGCAAGCUUCUUUCUUUUUGAAGGAGAAGAUCAAGACUGCUCGAUUGGCUCUCACCGAUGUCACACCAGCUCAAUUGUUGACAGAAGAAGCAACAAAUGGAAAUCCAGAGGGACCAGACACUCGAACCCUGAAGAUGAUUUCUCGGGCUGCUUUUGAGGUUGAUGAUUAUUGGAGAAUUGUGGAGAUUCUACACAAGAGAUUGUUGAGAUUUGAUAAAAAUAGCUGGAGGAUGUCAUAUAAGGCUCUGAUUGUGCUAGAGCACUUGUUGACCCAUGGGCCAGAGAGUGUUGCAGAGGAGUUUCAAAGUGACCAAAAUUGCAUAAGUGAGAUGGGAAGCUUUCAACAUAUUGAUGAAAAAGGAUUCAACUGGGGAAUGAAUGUUAGAAAGAAAUCUGAGCGGUUAUUGAAACUGCUUGAAAAAGGACCAGAGUGGAAAGAAGAGAGGAAUCGAUCUCGGAAGAUAACUAGAGGAAUUCAGGGGUUUGGGAGCUUCUGCCAGAGGACUACUUUUGGUCAAGAAAUUCUAGAGGACCCCUCACUGAAAACAUAUGGAAGGAGUAAUUCUCAGUUUAAUGAUCAUGGAAAUCAGGAAGAUCAGUUUUCCCCAUGGAACGAUCAAAAUCUGGCUAAAACAAGGCCUGGAAGAGCAAAGCAGAUCCAUGGUGAGAAUGUCAGUUCAGUUUUCAGCAAGAAAGUGGAGGAUUUGAACUAUUUGGAUAGUUUUACAGAUCACCAGAAGGUUGAAAACUUCGGUUCUCGAGGGAGUUUCAAAGAAGAUAUGGCUCCGAGGAAGGAAGUUCUCUCAGGGGACUUGGAAGAAUGGAACUACACAGGCGAGUCAAAUCCUCUUUUGGAUGACCAGAGAAAUGAUCCGGGGAUUGGUAAUUCCGUGGAAGAAGACCACCCAUUCAAUGAUACUGAACAUCUAAGCAAUGUCUCAUUGCUUUCUUCUGCAGAUCAACUCUUGCAAGCUUAUUGACAACCAGGAUGUUGUAGCAGUGAACGAAGUAGACACCUUGCCUGCAAUAUACUAAAAAAUAAUAAUAGCUCAGUGUACGAAUCCCCCGUCACUAUAAGAUUAGUUUCAACUGUGGAAGUUUUUGUUGGUUGUAUCAUCAUGUGUGCCGGAUUCGGUACUAAAGUAGUUGUCAGAUGUUGUGAUUUCCGUUGUGUUUAGGAGUCACUGUUAGAUUUUCUGUGGUGGAGUUGGGUAAAGUCCUUCAGAAUAUAGAUAAAAACAAAACA